CUAUCUUAGAAGCAGUAGGCGGUGAUGUGAUGUGUCUCGUGAUCCACCCUGGCUGAACCUUAAACACUGAGGUCGCUGUUUCCCUCCCACACCAACGCAGCAAACAAAGACAGUGCAAACAUCAGAAGCUGGGAUGUGAGAGUGGGUGAACCCAAGCUUUUGUAAUGUGCCACUCUGGGAUUUUAAUUCAGAGGAAAAGUUCGGAUUCAGAAUGCAAAUUCAGCAGCAAUUUCCAAUCACAGAUAUUACUGCUUUGUGUGGAAGGUGAUGCACAAGAGCAUGUUUCCUAGACACAAGCAUAAUCUGCAUUAAUAAUUGCAGAACAGUUGUUGUCAAGAGGAAUAUCAUUUAAAUUCCAAUUUCAUCAAUCUAAAUGAGAGACGUCCAUCCCUGGACCUCAUGAGCAUGUGUCCAGCAGGUUUUAGAGGUUUCUUUGCUUCUUACCUGAUGAUUAGCAGCCUUCUCCAGAGCUUGAUGGUGUUCUGAACAGAUAUUUUUUUUUCUGAGAAUGUUGGAUAAUUGUGUUCAAGUCAAAAUGAACUUGAUUCUAUUAAUCCUAAUAUGUUUUUUUUUCAGUGUUGCAUAAAUUCUCUGAAGGUGUCUCUAGCAUGUUGCAUUGCUGAGAUUAUGAUGGAUGAAUCCAGUGGUAACCCUGAAGAAAUUACAAUGGUGAAGGGGUGGCACGAUGACCCUGCACAGCAAGUUUCUGCGUGGAGCUUGAAUGAUCUUUUUGUGUGCUGCCAUGGGAUUUCUUUCUUUAUUUUUUUCCUGUGUCCUGUCUGGCUGUGAAGCAAACAGAAUGCUGGUGACAAGCCUUACAGAUUUUACUCUCAGGUGGAGCAUCAAAGAAUUUGCUUUUAAUGUCAUGCCAUCAAUGCCAUCAAUUGUCCAAGCGCUUUCUGCAUGUUUGUUUUUGCAAGCGGAAUUACUGCUCCUUGCGGAAGACCACAGACGAAGGACGAGGUUAAGAACAGGGGAAGUACUGCCGCCUACAGGUCUGGCAUGUCCUUAACAACGUAUUUAUCCGGGUACGUGUGGACAGUGUCACAAUGGGUGUAGCUAACCGCUCUGAGUUUUCCUGUUUGCAGGUGGGUGCGCCCGGAGAGCAGCUGCUGCAAAUUCCCUCAUCAGCUCGCAGGGGAUUUAAGGAGCGGUGUGACAAUUCACCAGUGCUGGAUGAUUACUCACAUUGGGUAGUUUACUACAGCUCUAGACCUGUUUCGGAUUAUUCUGCAUCCUGUUCUGCCUGUUUUAAGCCUCGUCAUCAUCUGUCCCGUUCCUCCAUUCUCCCGCCCAGGUACUCUCAUCAUCUGCCUGUUACCAGCUCUUCAACCUGCACUCUCACCAGUUACUACCCGGAGCCUCUGGAUCUCCUGCCCACCAGCCACACCGCUUCUCUUGGCCGCCUGCUCUCCUGCGCUCACCUGCCCACUCUUGGAACCGGUGCUCAGCUCCCAGCCUCCUCCACCAGCUACCACUCAGACCUGACACGCCCUCCUCUCCGCGCUCCACUACCUUCCUGGAAUCCAACGCUGCCAGAACCGUCCCCCUCCGACGUCUCCCCAGCCUCAUCAACCUCAAUAAAUUAUAUAUUAUUUUACUCACCUUGUCUCUUUCGUGAUUCUGCAUGUCGUGGGUCAAAAGACUCGACCACACCAUGACAGAAUCAUCCAGCCAAAACACAGACCCACUCGCUGAAUCACAUCCGCCUGAUCUCGCCACAACUCUGU